ACAGCUGGUAUGAGGGUGAUAAAAUUAAGAUUUUUCUGGGGGGGGGGUGAACGAUUCUUUUAAUAUUAAACAAUAAUUAUUCAGAUUGUUUUUUUAAUAAGUGCUUUAGUAUUUGACGCAUACACUGCCCAUAUAUUUAUAGGUGAAGGUAUGAAACCAGCGUACUAUUUAAAAAACAAAAAAAGAGGAAAGGGGUGUACAGAGUAUUCAGGAAGUGUGCUUUCAAAAACUGACAGUGUGCAUCCUGUGUGACACAAGCUAACACAACCCUUCAGUCUUUUGGCAUCUCAUCAUCUAGUCUACUUUUGUUUAAUGGUGCAGUACUAAGAGGAUGGAGGACACAUUUCUGAAUGUGCUUUUUGUUGUCGUCAGUCUGCUGCUCUCGAAAGAGCACAAAGUCAUUCAAGACCAAAAUGACGACGCCAUAGUGGGCAUGCGAGACCACGAGCUUGUUCUCCUGCAGGAGGCUGCAAAGCUGGAAGAUGAGCGGGCUGUUGCCAUGGAGCCGCCACUUCCGAAUCAGGAAGCAUCACAACGUCCAAACUACAAGCUGCCGGGAAGAGAGGAGGAUACGUCAGAUGUUAAACAAACAAUGGCAAAUGUCAGGUCCACAGCACCACAUGAUGAACAAAUGUCCACAGUGGGUGACCAAAAUGAUUUUCGCCAAAAGGCGUUUGCACCAGAUGGCCAGGAGAAAUUGCAUGUGUCCAAUACUGAUAUAGACCAAUCGGAGUCCAGUGUAGACCUCUCACAUGGAGAAGAGAAACUAGAAAAGCGAAACCAUGUCCAGAUUGACACCAGCCAAGCUGAUGAAGCAUCCUUUAUGGAUGCGAGUAUGUACAGUUGGUACAUUUGCAAGGCCAUCUCCCUGAUCUCGUUGUUUCGUUUUCUGAAAUGGAUCCUGACAUUAAACUUCAAAACCCAACCAAAAAAGCAUUCAUUUCUGAAUGGAAGAAACAAAUCUACAAUGUCGAACAUCCGUGCCAAAGUUUCCCACCUGGAUUACAAGGCACUAACUAGCUUCUGUGACCAAGUUGUCCAAGUUCCAGCCAGUAACAUUUGGUGGACUCGUGAUUUUGUAGAUGGUUUUGUUAGUGACCUUCUGGAAACUGUGAGGGACGUGAGCGGUAAAAGCUCAGACGUGACGAUUGAAGACUUCAUCGGUGUUGGGAGCUUGUAUGAGCAAUGGGUUUCGAGAAAAAGCAUCGUGUGUGACAUACACGUACGCUUCGUCACUCCAAAGCCUUACAGCUUCGAAUUUGAGCUUUUGAGAGAUAAAACUUGUCUGUACAGCAAAGCGAAAGUGGUUAAAGGUACCAAUUCAAGCAACUGCCUUUGCAGCAGUUCAGACCUAGAUGACGACACGCUGUGUCUUCUACAUCCAGAUCCCAAACAUGAUAAUGUAGUAGAGGAUUAUACCAACCUGUGUGAAGAGAACAGUUCGUACCUUUCGAAAACACACGUGGUGAAGUGGUUUCGAAAUGCAUUUAGGAAAGCCUGGGAGGAGAGCAGUCACAAGUAUGACUUUCAGCUAAUAUUUCCUAAAGGAGAAAGCCCUGUAAGUCUCAAGGUUGUAUUCAGGUCGGGUAAAGUGAUUCGGUUUAACAUCACACCCGUGGUUCAGUUUCAAGACUCACAGGCAUACUUGGUUUCCUACCUCCCUUCAAACAGACACUUGUCCGAUACCGACUGGCCCGUAUGUUUUGUGCACUAUGAAAAUGCCCUCCUUCAACACUUCACCAAAACGCUUCCGGAGAACUCUUGCCAUAUUCGCUGCCUGCAAAUCCUCUCCUUUCUACACAAACAUCAGAUCGGCCUGACUGGGAAAUGUGGCCUAACUUGCUACCACUUGAAGAAUACACUGUUACAUCUGUUGCUGGUUAACAAUCCCACAUCAUGGCAACCUGAGCAGAUCAGUUUGAGGCUUCAUGAGAUGCUGACGUUCCUUCAGCAGAGACUCGAAAUUAAGCUACUUCACCAUGCUUUGGUUGGGAAUCCUCUCGUUCCUGGCGAUUUCGGAUUUCCAGAAGAAUUCAGAAAGCAAAAACCUCUCAAUUUAUUCCUACCGCUAUUAUCAAAUGUAGAGUUGUGCAUUAAAACAGACAGACACUUAGAAGAUAUGGUUAAAAAUAUGCCAGUGCUGAUGUAUGAAUAUAGCAUGAAGUGAGAAAAAGGGGGGAAGCAAAUCAGAAAAAAAAAACAAAGAAGCCCGAACAAUGAUUGCAAAGCUCAAAAUAUAAUUUAAUAAUUGUUUUUUUCUGUAAUUUAUUAUUUGUUGGCCAGUACCUAAACCCAAUUCUGGGUGUAUUGGAUGUGCAGAUCUUUUUGCAUUCUUUGGCUGCGUCCAAAUAACCACACUUGUGGUCUUUGCACAUGACCACUUGACUACUUACAUGACGUAUUUCCUGUAUUAUACUAGAAUAAGUGUUCUAGUGGGUGUGAAGUUUGCAUGUAGAUUUAUUCACCCGUUGGGACAUACUUAGCAAGUGUAAAAAUAUCAAUGCGGGUAGUGACGGCAAUUUGCACCCAAACAUUUAGUUUUUUAUUGAGGCUACUUAUAUUUUUAAGUUCUGUUAAAUCACUCUUAAAAAGAACAUUGACUGAACUUAAAGAUUAUUAUCUACACUUAUCUGAAACUUUCAGAAGCAGAAUCCUUUGCAUCUGUAAAAAACUUGUUUUUGUGCAUGCAGCUCUAUUAAAGUUUAUUCAGUAGUAGACCCUGAAUAAACGACACAAUGUUGUUUCCGAUUAUAAAAGCAGUUGCAGAUGUUUUACAAAAUACAUAAUGUUUACACCAAUGAAGUGUGCAACACUUUCCGUUUUACUAUAAUAUUUGUUAAUAUCCAUUUAUUAACUUACAAUUAAAAGUUUCUGCUACAUCUCACAAGGUUUGGGCAAAGGUCUUGACGAUUUACAUCAUGAUGCAUGAUGGGAUACGCUUAGCCUUGAAUACCGCUCAGAAGCGGUAUUCAAGAUAGUGUCGUUUAGUAUGCAUUGAGGGCACUGGAAUUUGUCAGUUUUAAGACAUGGGGCAGUCUUACGCACUUCCUGUUGCAUGCAUACCCUAUUGAGUGGCCAAGACCGCAAGUGUGGGUAUUUGGACGCAGCCUUUGACUCAAGGAAGCAAAUAGGAUAUUGAUUUAGUUCACCUGUGUGUCAGGCUCCUUUCUGCUUAAAGAAGUAUUGAUAUGGUUUACUUGAAGUUAUGUUUUGGUUCCAAGGUUACAUUUUGAUUUGGCCCAAUUUAGGGCCAGUUGGGUAACUAACUUGGGCCAGUUAUGGUCCAUAAUCCAGUCCGUCAUUCAUUGCAGUAUGUGGGCCAGAGCUGGGCCACAGAAAAAUUGGAUCAGGCUCAGGUGUGGUCUUUCUGGUUAAAACUGAUGAUGUGGUUUUGGUUCCAAUGUUACAUUUUGAUCUGGCCCAAUUCAGGGCCAGUUAUGGUUAACUUGACAGACUUGGGCCAGUUAUGGCCCAUGUGUGGGCCUUGUCUAGAAUUCAGAUCUGGCCCACACUUGGUCUGUCAUUCAUUGCGGUAUGUGGGAUAAGUUAAAGCUGGCUGUGCGGGCCAGAGAAAAAAAAACAGGUCAGGCCAUUUUGUGAAAAGUUUGGCAACCCCCUACAUGCAAUUUCACAAAAAUCCACUAACCCUUUACCUGGCAAUGCCCUUUUUGAGUGAGCGGUCAUGUACACCUUCAAAAUGAAUGUGGUAAAGCUUUUUGGUCAAGUGAAUUUUGGUCUAGUUUAAAAAAAAAGUUUUUUUUUAAACGGGUGUGGGGUAGUGAAAAUUCCCAUAUUGUUAUAGCGGUUUAAAUGUAGGUUUGCUGCAUACUCUUGUCACAAAUUACAGUCGAAGCACUAUUAUUGCUAAAAGGUUUUGAAAUGUAAAAACUUAAUUGUUAGACCUUUCCAACAAUAUAGUUUGUCAUGACAGUACAUUUACAUGCAAAAUAUUUCCAAGUAAACUCGGGUGUACCACUCACAGGACAGUGCCAGCUAAUGGGUAUAAUCCUGAGACCCAAACAUCUUUAAAUGAAAAACUAUUUAUAGUUUUUAUUUUCCUUGUCAUUAACCUGAUAUGCAAAUUUAAUUGCAAUAAAAUACCAUCAUUGCCACUCCUUGUCAUUAGUUUGAACUGGUUUGUGUGUCAUUCACCGCUACAGCAAA